AUGCAAAAACAAUUCAUCGAACAUUCAAAAAAUGCAAUCUCCGAAAUAACAACAAAAUGUGCUCGAUUUAUUGGCCCACUUCGAAUUCCGAAACGAAAAACACCAAGAAACUAUGAAUAUAUGUUGAAAAUUCUACAAUCCUAUUCAAGUUUUGAUUUGAAAACCAAUUGGAUUCGAUUGAUUACCGAGCAAUUUAAUGGGAAAUUUGAUGAAAUUCAAUUUGAAAAUGAUCAAUUGAUGAAUACUUAUAUUUCAAGUGUAAGAGUUACAGAGAGGCUAGAGGGCUAGAGACACAGAGGACAUACACUCGCUCCGCUCGUGCCGCUUACGCGGAAGAUUCCGGGGCGCUUCGCGCAAGCUUGGUAGAGAGUAUAGGGUUUUGAGAGAGUGCAGAGAGGCUAGAGGGCUAGAGACACAGAGGACAUACACUCGCUCCGCUCGUGCCGCUUACGCGGAAGAUUCCGGGGCGCUUCGCGCAAGCUUGCUAGAAAGCAGAGAGGCUAGAGAGUGCAGAGAAGCUAGAGGGGCUAGAGACACAGAGGACAUACACUCGCUCCGCUCGUGCCGCUUACGCGGAAGAUUCCGGGGCGCUUCGCGCAAGAUUGCUAGCUUCUCUACCCUCUCUCAAAACCCUAUGCUCUCUAGCAAUCUUGCGCGAAGCGCCCCGGAAUCUUCCGCGAAGCGGCUCGAGCGAAGCGAGUGUAUGUCCCUCUGCGUCUCUAACCUUCUCUUCCCAGAUAGCCACGUGUCAAAAUUAUUGAUUUUUUUUAAAUAAAAGCGAAACAACGAUACUCCGCGUGCCCGUUGUUUAGUGUAAUGAUGCAAUUCUGCGCGUCAGCGCCCCGGAAUCUUCCGCGUAAGCGGCACGAGCGGAGCGAGUGUAUGUCCCUCCGCGUCUCUAGCCGUCUAGCUCUCUCAAAACCCUAUGCUCUCUAGCAAUCUUGCGCAAAGCGCCCCGGAAUCUUCCGGCUCGAGCAGAGCGAGUGUAUGUCCGCCGUGUCUCUAGCCGUCUAGCUCUCUCAAAACCCUAUGCUCUCUAGCAAUCUUCCGCGUAAGCGGCUCGAGCGAAGCGAGUGUGUGUCCCCUGCGUCUCUAACACUCUUUUUUUUCAGCCAAAAAUACGCUGGAUGUUCUUCUCAAUGCUCUUCACAAUUUUGACAAUGAUAUUCAUUUAUUUUAUGCUUUCAAUGUCCAAAAAUCGAACAUGGCAAAUGUCGAAAAUUCUAAAAUUCCGAAAAUAUUAUCUCGUUUACACAUUCAUCCCAGUUUAUUGCUGUUUUAUGACAAUUUCGCUGAAUAUCACAUUUGGAAAAGAAGCUACAAAUGCUGGAUUUGCUAUUAGAAAUGCUGAAAAAUGGAUGGAUAUUGCACUGAAAAGUGAGAGGAGAUAACAAGUAGAAAAAACCUUUUUAAUUAAUUUUUUUCAGGAAAUAAUUAUUCAAGGAAUGUGAUUUCGAUGGAAGUUGAUUGCUCGAUAAUUCUACCAAAAAUGAAUCAAAAUCAAAGCGCUGGAAUUGAAAAGCGUGUAUUUCGCAUAACUUCUGUGGAGAUCACCAAAGUAUUAUUAGAAAAUGGCGAAAAGCCAAUGUUAACGCCGAAAUUGAUUUCGUUUUUGACACCGGCGAUGCGAUUUUAUAUCAAAAAACUCAAUGAUGAUAUGUUUGAUGAGGUUGAUCGAGUUGUUCGAAGAACUUUGGAUUUGCUGCGAAUUCCCAGUGAAUAUUUGAUUGAUUCGGCGAAAUUUAUGAUUUUUGCCGUUUCGACGGUUUCGAUUUGUUUUACUUCGUUUAUUUGUUUGAUGGUGUUUUUGGAUUUGCAAAAUAAGUGUGAGUCGAGAGUGCAGAGAGGCUAGAGAGUUAGAGACACAGAGGGAAAUACACUCGCUCUGCUCGUGCCGCUUACGCGGAAGAUUCCGGGGCGCUUCGCGCAGAAUUGCAUCAUGAAAAAGCCAACAAAUCGAUUUACACUAAACAACGGGCACGCGGAGUAUCGUUGUUUUACUUUUAUUUUUUCGCAUUUUUUAUUUUUUUCCGAUUCCGAAAAAAAUCAAUACUUCUGCCACGUGGCUAUCUAUGAUGAGAGAGUGCAGAGAAGGUUAGAGACGCAGAGAGGCAUACACUCGCUUCGCUCGUGCCGCUUACGCGGAAGAUUCCGGGGCGCUUUGCGCAAGAUUGCUAGAGAGCAUAGGGGAAUGAGAGAGGGUAGAGAAGCUAGAGAACUUUUUUAGAGUUCCUCUGUGUCUCUAACCCUCUAGCUUCUCUGCACUCUCUCAAAACCCUAUGCUCUCUAGCAAUCUCGCGCGAAGCGCCCCGGAAUCUUCUGCGCAAGCGGCACGAGCGGAGCGAGUGUAUGUCCCCCUGUGUCUCUAGCCUUCUCUGCACUCUCUCAUCCUAGAGAGCCACAUGUCAAAAUUAUUGAUUUUUUUUCAAAAAAAAAAUUAAAGCGAAACAACGAUACUGUGCCCGUUGUUUAGUGUAAACCCAUUUUGUACCUUGUCGGCACGAGCGGAGCGAGUGUAUGUCUCUCUGCGUCUCUAGCCCCCUCUAGCUUCUCUGUGUCUGUAAAGUGUAUUUUCCUCUGCGUCUCUAGCUUUCUAGCUUCUCUGCACUCUCUCAACCCCCCAUACUCUCUAGCAAUCUUGCGCGCAGCGCCCCGGAAUAUCUCGCGUUAGCGACUCGAGCGAAGCGAGUGUAUGCCCUCUGUGUCUCUAGCCCUCUCGCUUCUCUACCCUCUCUCAAAACCCUAUGCUCUCUAGCAAUCUCGCGCGAAGCGAGUGUGUGUCCCUCUGCGUCUCUAGCCUUCUCUGCACUCUCUCAUGCUAGAGAGCCACAUGUUCCAGAUCCAAAAAUCGUAACAUUCAUCCAACUUUUCUCGCCACUUCUUCUACUCUUCAUAAUCAUUGGCUACUUCUUCAUCUGGUAUAUUUUCACCUCAAUUGUGGGAAGUUAUACAAUUUAUUCACAAUUAGUACAUCCACAAAUUCACGAACACAUCAAAUUCGAUCGAGAUGUGACCAAAAAAGUUUUUCCAAGGUUUGACAAAUCAACGAAAAUUCAAAUCAAAUAAGGUUGACGUUGAAUAUUUCAAAAAAGUUGUAGCAUUUGAUAUGAUGCAAUUUGUAUCAAAAGAAGUUAUGGGAAAAAUUGUGAAAAAAUAUGGAAAUUCCUGCUCAAAUCAUACUGUUUGUAAAUAUUUUGAAAAAUGUGUAAGUUCAACGAGACUCCGCUUUGACGAUAGGUUUGAUUUCAGCUCAAUAAAACAUGUAAGAAAAGCGUAUACGAAUUGACCCGAAAAAUGGGAGAUUGUGUAGAUGUUUGGCCGAUUGCAGAUCGAGAUUUUCAAAUUCAAUCCAAAAAUUAUUUGAGAUAUUUGUCAUUUUUCAAACAGAAUACUUUUGUGCCAAUUGCUAGUUUGGUUUGGAAAAUUCGUGAGUGAACAUAGAGUAUUUCGAAAUAUGAAAUGAAUUUCAAUUAAUUUUUUGCAGUUCCCCUGCCAUUCUUGAUUUUCUUCAAUCUGAUUUUUAUCCAUUUUGCAACUCCGUUGAUUCGCGCAAAAAAUGAGGAUGCAAGUAGUGAUGGUCUCAUGUGA